CAGAGAAGGUGGCAUUUGUGUGGGACAGGAUGCUUUCAUGGAGCCCUUUAGCCAACUUAUUUUGGGACUUACAGUGCAAACUGUAUUUUCUGCUUGUAGGGAUUUGUUCUGCCUUGAAAUUGACAGUACCAUCUCACACUAUCCAUGGUAUUGAGGGGCAACCUCUUCAUCUUUCUGUUGACUAUGAUUUCAAUGCUACAGCUUCUGAAAUCCAGAUAAUUUGGCUUUUUGAGAGGUCUCAAAGUAACCCAAAAUACUUGCUUGGCUCUGUAAAUCAAAGAGUAGUUCCAGACUUGGAAUACCAGCACAAGUUCACCCUUAUACCACCAAAUGCAUCUUUGAGGAUUAAUCCAUUGCAUCUUAGUGAUGAAGGCAACUACAUUGUAAAAGUCAACGUCCAUGGAAAUGGGACCAUAGCUGCAAGUGAAAAGAUUCAAGUAGCUGUUUAUGUUCCAGUCACAAAGCCAACUGUACAUACUGAACCAUCUUCAGGAGUAGUGGAGUAUGUAGGGAAUAUUACCCUAAAAUGUACUGUGGAUAGAGGUACAAGGGUAGCUUACCAGUGGAUGAAAAAUGGGAAACGUCUUCAUGCUGGCCCUAAUUAUACCUUUUCAUCAAACAAUGCUACACUUCUAAUUGUUCCUGUAGUAAAAGAAGACAUUGGGAAUUACAGCUGUCUGGUAUCUAACCCUGUCAGUGCAAUGGAAAGUGAGAUAAUUGCACCAACCAUAUAUUAUGGACCUUAUGGACUUAGAGUCAAAUCAGACAAAGGUCUGAAUAUAGGAGCAGUGUUUACAGUUGACGUGGGGGAAGUUGUACUGUUUGCCUGCUCAGCAGAUUCAAAUCCACCAAAUACUUAUUCAUGGAUUCAAAGGGAUGACAAUACCACUCAAGUAAUCAAGUAUGGACCCCAUCUGGAAGUUGUGUCUGAUCAAGUGGCCCAGAAGACAAUAGAUUAUAUGUGCUGUGCUUUCAACAAUGUGACUGGGAAACGAGAUGAAACUCACUUCACAGUUGUUGUUAUGUCUGUAGGGUUGGAAAAGCUGGCCCAGAAAGGAAAAUCUUUGUCUUCUCUUGCAGUAAUAACAGGAAUUUCAUUAUUUUUGAUCCUAGCUAUGGCCUUUUUAUUUCUAUGGAAAAGAUAUCGGCCACAUAAAGUGAUACAACAGAAGCUACAGAGCAGGGCAGAGGCUGAUUACAGAAAGGCACAGGCAUUUUCAGGACAUGAAAGUGCUUUGGAUGAUUUUGGGAUAUAUGAGUUCAUCACUUUUCCAGAUCUUACCAGUGGUUCUAGGGUUUCAAGUCAAUCUGCUCCUGGCUCUGACUUUGUCACAGACCAGAAUAUGCUAAGUACGGUUUAUGAAGUUAUUCGGCACAUUCCUGAGCAGCCACAACAAGACCACCAACAGUAA